AAUACUAAUAUCAAAAACUAAUCUUAUCACUGGGUAUUUAAAUACUUAAAUCCAAACCAUUGACUUAUUUGCAAAAUAAAAACAUGUUAAAGCAUGGUGAAGUACAGAUUCGCUUGUGUUAAUUAAUUAUGCAGACGGACGCUGCACCCAAUGUUCCCAAACAGGGCGAACCUUUUCUAAGCCCUGAUUAUGAAAUUAAACAACGGGAAAAGAUUACAAUUGAAAUUCAGGAUAAAAAUGUUGAGCGAUUUAUUGAACGCCAGGAUCUUUUAUUGUCUCCAAUCGAAUAUCAGAGAAAAGGAAAUGAUCCCGGAUUGGUGCUCAUCUUCAACCAAGAGUCGUUCGAAGAUCAACCUUAUAGACUAGGGAGUCGAAAAGAUGUUAACGAAAUUAUCAUUACUAUGAGUCGGUUGGGUUUCAAUAUCCACGACGAAAACAUUUUUAAUAAUCUGAAAAGGGACGAAAUUUUGGCAACGGUCAAUAAACUCGUAGCCAGAGACAUGUCACAAGUCAAUAGUUUAAUAGUGUUUUUCCUAACACAUGGAGACUCCUUUAAUCGGUUACACGCCUCUGAUUUAACUCUCGAAACCAACGAAUUCUGGAAAGAAUUCGUCCAAUGUGACGAUUUGAAAAACAAGCCAAAAAUGUUCAUUUUUCAGGCAUGCAAGGGUGACUAUCACUCGACUACUUGGGACCAAAACAAGGAAAAAAUCGAACUGGUGCCACAGAGUACCUUCGACUCGAAUUAUCUUGGACCAGACAUGUUGAUCGUUUAUUCAACAACUGAGGGAAACGUCUCAUUUCGCGAUCCCAACAACGGCACGUGGUUUAUCCAAGAAUUGUGCAAAAAUUUCUCGGCUUACGGGCGCCGAGACGACGUGAUUUCGCUAAUUAUGAGAACAACGAAGUGUUUGUGUCGGAAUUAUUAUCACAACGACCAGGAAAUAAUUAAGAAGCAAAUGCCGAUUUUCGUGUCGACUUUGAAGAAGAAGUUUUAUCUGAAUCGAAGCAAGGAUAGAAACGCCUGGAUUCAGUUGCUGAAAAAUCAGGAAAACAUGAUGAAGAGUAUUGAAGAACUGAAGGAGAAGAUUAACGAAUUGUUGAACGAUAAAGAAAAGCGCAAUAAGUAGUUAAAUGUUCUUGAUUCGUGGUUUUGUUUAAUAAAAACAGUUUUUUGUG